AUGGCGUCGCACCUCCACGCCUCUUCUCCAGCAAAGGCAUGUCCUGUAAUACGGAAACAGAGGAUGGACGCCUCGAUGGAGCUUGCCCCGUUUGGGCGAGACAGACGUUGCCCAACACAUGCUCGCGAUACAGGUAGCCUUGGCAUCCUCAUUCUUUCCGGUCAGCCGUCAAGCGCAAUGUGGAAGGACUCGUGCGUCGCUUAUCUCGACUGUCAUGGAUCGCACGCAGCGAUGAUCUCCGGAACCGCAACGCGUACAGACACAGGGCAGCACGUACACGCAUGCACGCUCCCGCAAGCCGGCCGAACGCAUCGCACACAUCGCCGCCAAGCAUCACCCGACCUCGACGAGCUGCUGGCCUGCCUUCGCUCUUGCUCAGCGCACGACCAGGAAGGUGCAGGCUUGCGAGGCGAUCCUUCCGGUUCGGUUAUCGACACCGCAUGCGGAAGGAAUCAUGACGAAGAGAUGUCGUGCGCCUUGUCCACGCGCAUCCUGCCAAGACUUCCGUAUCGGCGGGAAGGUGCUGCCUUUUCCGAAAUGUACGCCUGCCUCCUUCCUGGUAAAAAAUGGCGUGUCGUCCCUUCCAGGUCGGAAGUUGCCGGCUCAGAAGUUGAGACGGCUGGAUGGAGCGUGGUGAACGCAACGUGUCAAGAGUUCAGUCAUCAUCAACUCGGUGGGGGAAAGGGACUUUCGUUGGACUCUGCAUCCAGGCGUGGAGUUCGGGGAUUGAGGGUGUCAUGGAAACAGUCCAGCUAG